GCUGAUGUUUUAGGGCAGGAGGGAGGCUCCCAGUUCAUUAGACCUGUGUUUCGAGGGUCGGAGCGAGUGGGGGCACUACAUCUCGAGGUGACAACUCACUGUGGUGAAUAGGUCAGAAGAUUCACAGGUUUGACGAGGAGAAGGGCCAAAAGGAAGCUGCAGAGUAUCUGAAGUGUUUGGCCGCAGAGAAGCUAGAGGGAGACUUGUUCAAAGAUGACACCUGCCAGCCUGGUGUUUGCGUGGUUGCUCUUCUUUCUAGGGACUGUCACCUCAACUGUUUACCUGGAGUCGGAGGAGGAGGAGCUCAAUGAAACUGUCAUCUGUACCAAUGACCAGAUGGAGGUUGUCAUUCCAAGUGCCUUUUUUAUCAAUAAAGUGCCACCAGUUUACGUUUGGGAUUUGCACUUAAAUGACCCUGACUGCCGUGGCGUUGAGAUUAAGGACAAUUAUGUCUUUAGCAUCAAGACAAAUCUCUCCGACUGUGGGACCAUCAUGGCCUCAGAUGAUACCCAUAUCAUGUUCUUAAACACCAUACGCAAUAAUGACUCAUAUGUGGUCACAAGGAACUACAUCAACAUCACAUUUGUGUGCCGCUACCCACUGAACUACAUGGUCCAGCAGCCCAAUGGUGAAAACAUGAUUCGUGUGGACGUGAGAACAAUUACACUGAACACAGAAGAUGGGAACUUCUCAGUGUCUAUGCUUUUGUAUAAGGACGAAGCCUUUGAGGACAAAUGGAUGACGGUUCCCUCCCUGACGCUGGAGGAUGACAUAUAUGUGAAAGUUUUCAUGGUCCCUGCUCAUCUGAUGCUGCGUGUGGACAGAUGCUGGGCCACACCAACCAAGGACCCCUACAGUAACAUCCAGUACACCUUCAUCAAGGACAGCUGCCCGGUGCUGUCAAACGAACAGAUGCUGACAGUGCUGAGGAAUGGCCAGGGUCCAGAGGCCAUGUUCAGGAUACAAAUGUUCAAGUUUGUGGGCAGCUCUUACACCGACAUCUUCCUCCACUGCAACGUCCAGAUCUGUCACAACACCCUGGGAGCCUGCCAGCCUAACUGCUCUAGUGAAGAUGGAUAUGUGCGGACUAGGAGAGAUAUCCCACUGUCCCACACGGUUUCCUAUGGACCAAUCAGACGACUGCUCCCUGAAAGUGACCAGCCCAGUUUGAAUGCUGGAGGUAUCCUGUCAGUGGAGACGUUUGUCCCCUGGGAGGGCUGCUGCUGGUCCUGCUGCUGGUCCUGCUGCUGGUCACUGGGGUGUUUGGAAGGCUCUGGCUACGUUCCAGACGCUCCUACCCAGCCCAGGAGGCUCAGCUAACUCUGUCUAACAUUCACCACAUCACUGAGGUGGCAUCCUGAGCCCUGUCUGGCUAACACCCCCAGUCUUAGAAGUCUUAAAGAACGUAUGUCGACAUAACCUGAAAGGCGUGUGUCAACAAUCCUCUUGGGCCCCUACACACACACACACACACA